AUGGUUAGUUUUCCUCUGUUCUAUUGUGUUUCCUCUAUGUUUUCCUUUCAGGCAAAAGGUAUAAAACCUCCGUCAAACAACCCAAAGCCGCAGAAGCCGGCACCUAAACCAAAGCCUCAAACAAAGCCCCAAUCACCGAAUAAACCACAGCCUCAAACAAAGCCCCAAUCACCGAAUAAACCACAGCCUCAACCAUAUAACCAACCGCCGGCACAACCACCAUACCAGCAACCUGUGCAACCAGCACCCGGAGGAGGUGGCGGGGGAGGAGGAUUCGGACUUGGAGGAGGGGGUAUCAUGGGAAUAUUCGGUCCAGUAUUGCAAAUUAUUACGAACAUGAUCAAACCAGCACCCACUCCAGGGCCACCAAUCGUCGUUCCUGGCCCGCCGAUUCCUUCUCCGGGAAAUCCGAGCAUCACCAUUCCUGGUCCACCCGUGACAGUUCCUGCUCCUGCACCCGAACAGAAACCCGAUUACCUGAUCGUCGGCGUCUUCUUCGGGGGAUUCUUCUUCCUCAUUUGUCUGUGUGGCGCCGUCGCCUUUUUCUACUUUAUCUAUUAUACUUCGCAGCAAAAGGCCAAGCAGGAGGAGGAAGAGAAGAAGAAUAGAUCGGCCACGAGAUCGAGGUCGCGGACGAGCAUGUCGAGAAGUUCGAUGGGAACCACGCGUCGGAGUUCGAUGGGAACCACGCGUCGGAGUUCGAUGGGAACCACGCGAAGCACAUACAGGACUGGCACGAGUCGGAUGGGGACUACGAGAACCGGAAGGACCGGACACGGCAAGCACAGGUCUAGGCACUCGAAAUAUGGAUGA